ACAUAAAGAUAAUCAUAAAAGAAAGAUAUGUUGGUAAAGGACUUGAUUGUAGAGGUUGAAAAGUAAUAGCAUCAAUUCGUAAGCAUAUUUUUACCGACUCGCUUAUUAUCUUCCCGUCUCUCUCAACUCCGCUCCGCUGCAGAGUUCAGCGCCCGGCAAACAAAACUUUUCUUCCAUUUUUAUCUCAGUCAUCUCGAAAGUUUAUCAAUCGCCGGAAUCCUUGCCGGAGACUCUAAACUGAGAAUAUCUUCAUUGUUUCCAGAGAAGCUUCUCUCACUCGAGCACGGGAAUUUCUGCUUCCAAACUGUUUCUUUCGAAGCCCUAAUUCACAACGUCGGCAAGAGAACGAUGGGCGAAGAGUUGGCUGAGGGGAAGGACAAUCGAGUCCCUCAAGUCUCUUUCAAUGACGGAGAAACUGCGAUUGAAUCCGCAGCUCAGCAAGCGGUGCUCCGUGAACAAGAAAUUGAGGCACAAAGAGUCAUUCAAGCUCAUCAAAGAGAUACAGGAGCUGCAAGUCAAGAAGCUCCCAAGGAUGGUGCUGACAUCUUUGCUCAACGACUUGAUCCCAACGCCAUAAAAGAGCACCUGUUGAAGAUGACUACUGACCACCGCUCUGAAAUGGCAUCAAAGCACGGGAAGCCUGCAGUUCCUGAACAAGGUCGCAUGGAAAUCGGAAACGGGUAUGGUGUGCCUGGUGGAGGGGCAUAUUAUGGUUCUUCAAGACCGUCACUUGAACCGAAACAGGAAUCCGCUACUAAGGAGCUCCCCGAGUAUCUCAAGCAGAAGUUGAUGGCAAGGGGUAUUCUGAAAGAUAACAAAGAGAGAGGGCAUCAAUUGGGAACAAAUGCUUCAAGUGACUUGAGGACGAUUUCAUCACAGCACGUUGAGUUGAAUAAGCUGCUUCCUGGAUGGGCAGAAGCAAAAGAUCCCACGACAGGUGUUCCUUAUUACUAUAAUGAACGCACUGGGGUGACUCAAUGGGAGAGGCCUCUUGAAACUCCUCCGACCAAGCAGGGCCCUUUACCUUUGGCUCUUCCUGGAAAUUGGGUGGAGACAGUGGAUGAAACCACAGGCCAUAAAUAUUACUUCAAUACAAAAACCCAGGUAUCACAAUGGGAGCAUCCUCAUUCAUCAUCUGUGCUUGCUGCACAGCGAGCUUCCGCCAUGAAUACAGUAAAAACUGACCCGGUAGUUAUGAAUGAGCAAUCAUCUUAUCAUACAAGAUGCACGGAAUGCGGUGGUUGGGGUGUCGGCCUUGUACAAUCAUGGGGUUACUGCAAUCACUGCACACGAGAACUAAAUCUUCCUCAAAGUGAAUACAUAACUCCAAACUACCAGCGGCAGGCUAGCACUUUUGGGAAUUCCAAUGGCAAUCAUAGCAAUAAAGGGGCAGAAAAGAGGCCAAAUGGGAGACCUCCAUUUGGGAAAGGAAACAACAAAAAGGAGAGCAGAAAACGUUCCUAUACUGAGGAUGAUGAGCUGGACCCCAUGGAUCCAAGUUCUUACUCUGAUGCUCCUCGUGGUGGCUGGGUUGUGGGCUUAAAAGGGGUGCAGCCACGAGCAGCUGAUACAACUGCCACGGGCCCUCUUUUCCAGCAACGCCCUUACCCAUCACCAGGAGCCGUGCUAAGGAAGAAUGCCGAGGUUGCAUCGCUGUCCAAGAAACCCCCUGGGUCUCAGUACAUUGCGAUAUCCAAGGCGGGGGAUGGGAGCGAUGGUCUUGGUCAGGCUGAUUGACAAUAUGAAAAACUAAUGUAAGUACAGAAUGGAAGAGUAACACAUAGUUCUGUGGCUUAUGUGGCUCCUGUUCUGUUAAUCCUGAUGGAAGCUGUUUUCUUUGCAGGGCUGCUUGAACUGGGGAAAAAACUGCUUUUCUGGAA